UUGGUUCGAGGUAGGUGAUCACCCCGAUCGAUCGUUCUCUUCUCCCGCCCCCGCCAAGUUUGCGCGCCACUACUCUGCCUGCUGUGAGAGCGUACAGGCGCGGCGCGGCCCUCCCUCCUAAACCUACCGCUCCGCCUCCGCAGGUGCGAGGUGGUUGACGGCCGCUUACCCGCACCGCGCGCCGUGCGCGUGCGCUACGCUUGGCGCUCGAGGUCAAGCCAAACGCUGCCCACCGCCUCUCAGCCUCCCUAUAUCCUCGCGCGCACGUCUUCGCUCGUUUCUCACUCGCUCCCUCCCUUCGGCUCAUCGUCCAUCCAUCAGUGAUCAGCCCCUCACGUCUCGAUCAAGACCACCACCGGCCGUGCCGAUGGUGAUGAUGCCGGCGUCGCCGGCGUCGCCGCGCGCCCGGCAGUCCGUGGUGGCGGAGCUGGAGGGCGGGCUGCUCCGGUGCGCGGACACCUUCCCCUACUUCAUGCUCGUGGCGUUCGAGGCGUCCGGCCUGCCGCGGUUCGCGGCGCUGCUGGCGCUGUGGCCCCUGCUGCGGCUGCUGGAGCUGGCCGGCCGGGGCGGCCUGGCGCUGCGCGCCGCGGCGCUCGUGGCCACCGCCGGGGUGCCGCGGGCCGAGGUGGAGGCCGUGUCCCGCGGCGUGCUGCCCAAGUUCAUGGCCGACGACGUCGACCCCGCCGCGUGGGCGGCCUUCGGGUCCUGCGAGGGCAGGCGCGUCGUCGUCGCCACGCGGUUGCCCCGCGUCAUGGUGGAGCGGUUCGCCAAGGAGCACCUCGGCGCACACGAGGUGGUGGGCUGCGAGCUCGAGUACAGCCGCCUCAGGCGGUGCACGGGGCUCCUCAGGGGCGGCGGCGACGAGGCCGUCGCGGGCCGCGUCCGCACGCUGUUCGCCGGCGGCAACCGGCCGGACCUCGGCAUCGGCCGGUCAGAGAUGGCGCGCUCCUUCUUGCCAUUCUGCAAGGAGCAGCUCAAGCCGCCGUUCGCCGCUGGGGGCGCCGCGACGACGGACGCCCCGCCGUUCCGGCCGGUCAUCUUCCACGACGGCCGCCUAGUGUGCCGUCCCACGCCGUUCAUGUCCCUCGUCAUCCUCCUCUGGCUGCCCCUCGGCGCGCUGGUCGCCUUCGUUCGCAUCGCCGUCGGCCUCAUGGUGCCCAUCUGGACCAUCCCCCACAUCGCGCCCAUCUUCGGCGGCGCCAUCAUCACGCACGGCCGCGCGCCUGCCCCCGUCCGCGCCGCCCGCGACGACGACGGUGGCGGCUCGCCGUCGGGCGUGCUCUUCGUGUGCACGCACCGCACGCUCAUGGACCCCGUGGUCCUUGCCACCGUGCUCGGGCGCCGCGUGGCCGCCGUGACCUACUCCAUCUCCCGGCUCUCGGAGGUCCUGUCCCCGAUCCCGACUGUGCGGCUGACCCGCGACCGGGACGUGGACGCGGCGCGGAUGCGCGCCGAGCUGGCCCGGGGCGACGUGGCCGUGUGCCCCGAGGGCACCACGUGCCGGGAGCCCUUCCUGCUCCGCUUCUCGGCGCUGUUCGCGGAGCUCAGCGACCGGAUCGUGCCCGUGGCGAUGAACUACCGGGUGGGGCUCUUCCACCCGACGACGGCGCGCGGGUGGAAGGCCAUGGACCCCAUCUUCUUCUUCAUGAACCCGAGGCCCGUGUACGAGGUGACGUUCCUGAACCAGCUCCCGGCGGAGGCGACGUGCGCGGCGGGGAAGAGCCCCGUGGACGUGGCCAACUACGUGCAGCGGAUACUCGCCGCCACGCUGGGGUUCGAGUGCACCAGCCUCACGCGCAAGGACAAGUAUAGGGUGCUCGCCGGCAACGACGGCAUCGUCAACGCCGCCAAGCCGGCGGCGCCCGGGAAGGCGGCGUGGCAGGGCCGGAUCAAGGAGGUGCUCGGGUUCCUGCUCCACUAACCACACUAGCUGCAGAGAGAGACGCCACGGAGCUCUGGUCAAAUCUCCGCUCACCAAUUUGAUUGAGUUGUACUUAUACAUGUACCUAGUCACGUAAAGAAUCUACUCAUAGUAGAAUACAGUUUUAGUUUUUUCUUACACAAAAUAAUGUAUUUUUCUUUUCAUUUUACUUUAAUCUGUAAAUGGUUUGGCAAAUUUUACUGGUUGUAAUCAAAGAUCAGCGUUGCUCCCUCAUCAAACA